AUGCCACCCAACGCCUCCCCAAGCAACCACGAUGAAGAUGACGCAAAAGAGAUCCUAGAAUUGCAAAACCAGAUCAGCGCCAUCCUCAUGCGCAAGCGCAAGAGAGAGUUCGACGCUUCGGAGGACGAGGUCAAGCACCUCAAACACCGUCUUGCAUCAUCUCUCGCCAGGUGCCAGGAGACGAACACCAGAUUGGCAUCAGCUUUGGACACCAUCAGAAAAGUCCGAACCGAGAAUGAGCUUCUGGAAAGGGAAACCAAGAAGCAAGUGCGAUCAGUCAAGGCUCUGGAGGACGAGAACAAACAACUCAAGACUCAGCUGGAGAAUCUGAAGAAAAAUGAGGCCACUUCCAAGAAGGCUGUUUCGGACCUCAAGAAGAAGCUCGGCUCGGUGCUGGAAGCAUUCUCUGAAGUUUAA